AUCAUUCUGUAGUUUGUUGUUGUCAUCAGCUGGCGGCGGUUUUCAAGCGGUUGAAGCGGGACUCUUAAAUCAAAUAUCGCGUUGCUAGUUUUUUUGACCACCUAACUGCAGGUCAACCAGGCUAUCUUUGUUCAAGGAAAAAACCGCAUUUUGCAUUCAAAUUGGCAAUAUCAUGAGUGUAUGGUAUGUGUCAAUUCGAUAAGUUAGCCAAGUUGGAGUUUCAAGCAAAUCAAAUCAGAUAGCCAUAACUAGAUAGGUCGCUAAUGUUUGGUAACCAUAGCAAGCUAAGGAGAUGUGUGCCUUUUAAGUUUUAGCAAUAAGCCUUAAACCUGGACGUCCUUGAUCUGGGUUUAGUAGAGGAGACUGACUGAUAGCUCAGUUCGCUAAUCUUUACUCAUGUAGUCACUGUACAGCUAUCGAAGGACGUUAGGGUGAGAGAUAGCAACUCCGGUAGCAACAGCUAGCAAGCUAAGUUUACAUUUCCAUCUUGAAUUGAUACACGUUCAUUUAAUAAAAAUGCCACCCAAAAAACCCAGGGACCCGUCAGUGAAUAUUUCUAGCUCGAUAGAGUCUGAAGAUUUUAGUUUGGAGACAACAGUACCCACGGAGGACAUUUCCUCAUCUGACGAGAAGGACAAAUCGAAGAAAAUCACCAAACAAAUCAUUGAGCGAAAAGAGCUGCUUCACAACCUCCAGCUUCUGAAAAUAGAGCUGUCACAGAAAAACCUCAUUAUCGAUAACCUUAAAGUCGACCACUUGACUACGACGGAGGAAUUGGAGGAGAGACUGAAUGACGCUUUACACCAGAAACAACUGCUGUCCCUUCGGCUGGACAGCCAGCUCAAAAUGCAACAGGAUGACAACAGGAAGCACCAGGCUCUGCGGAAGCAGGAGAUAGACGGCAUCCUUCUGCGGCAGAAGCAGCUGGAGGAGACCAACCGGCAGCUGGGGGAGAAGGCCGGGGACGUGCGGCGCAGCCUGCGCGACCUGGAGCUCAGCGAGGAACGCUACCUGGAGCUCAGGGAGUUGCCCGAGGACAGGCUCUCCAUCUCGGAGUAUGUGGCGGUGCGCUUCUAUGAGGUCGUGACCCCUCUGAGAACACUAGUGACGGAGCUGCAGGGGAGGAAGAAUGGCCUGUCUGACGACCUUGAGAGCCACAGAGGUCAGCUGAAGUCUCUGAUGGAGAGUUAUGAGGAGGAGAGAAGGCUGCGUUCAGAGCUGGAGAUCCGUAGUCAGCGCCUGACCUUGGAAGUGGCUGACACCAAGCAGCUCAUCCAGGAGGGCGACUACAAGCGGGAGAACUAUGACCGCGUCAGACGGGAGAGGGACACGUUUGAGACGGAAGCGAGGGAGCUGAGGAAGAGGCUGGAGAUCCUGGACCUCACACACUCCGCCCAGAGCAAGGAGAGGAACGACCUACUCAAGGAGGGGUCGUCCCAGCAGCAGGCCCUCACACUGCUGCAGAAGGACAAGGAGUACCUGAACAGGCAGAACAUGGAGCUGAACGUGCGCUGUGCCCACGCCGAGGACCGCCUGGAGCGCCUGCACUCGCAGCUGGAGGAUGCCAAGCGGGCACGCGAGGAGGCCUACGACAAAUACCUCACCUCCAGAGACCACUACAAGACUGAGUAUGAGAGCAAGCUGCGGGACGAGCUGGAGCACAUUCGCCUGAAGACCGGCCAGGAGAUGGAGGGUCUGCAGCGCGCCUCUAAGGAGAUGUACGAGCGGGAGAACCGGAGUUUGCGUGAGAUGAGGGACAGUGCUCUGCUGGAGAAGGAGAGGGCUGUGAACGCUGAGAAGGAGAUGCAGGCCAAACACGACCAGCUGCUGGACCAGCUGAGGCAGCUCCAGGUGGGAUCAGACAGUCGUGUGGCAGAGCUGUUGAACCAGCUGAAGCUGAAGACCUUCGAGUCUGAGCGCGCUCAGAUGGUGCAGGAGGAGACGGCCCGCUCCCUCAGCCUGUGUCAGAUGGAGUGUGAGAAACACCAGAAGAAACUCGAGGUUCUGACUAAGGAGUUUUAUGAGCUGCAGUCCUCAUCAGAGAAGCGUGUGGUUGAGCUCCAGGCUCAGGUCAGCGAGCAGCAGGUCAAAUUGGAGACCUACGAGAGGCUGGAGCAGGAGCUGGACGACGUCACCAUGCAAGCUGCAGAGAUGGCCAGUGAGGAGGAGGCUGAGAGGGUGCUCUUCUCCUACGGCUACGGCGCUAAUGUGCCCACCACCGCCAAACGGCGACUCAAGCAGAGUGUUCACCUUGCGAGGAGGGUCCUGCAGCUGGAGAAACAGAACACACACCUGCGGAGAGACCAGGAAAAGCAGAGCACCCAGACUGGCAAAGUGUCCAAAGAGCUGGAAGCAGCCAAUCAGCUUCUCCAGCAGGCCCAGCAGCCCUACAGCUACCUGAUAGAGACGGUGAAGCAGAGAGACUGCCAGAUCCAGAACCUGAAGGAGCGCAUCACCUCACUGGAGGAGGAAGUCAGUGCUCUGAAGAAGGAGAGGACGAAUCUUCUGCAGGUGAAGAACAACAUGGCCGCUGACCUCGAGCGACUCCUCAACCAUCGAGAGGAACUCUCUGUGAUGAAGCAGGUGCUGCUCAGCAUGCGCUCCCAACAGCAGGGCCCUGACCUCCUGGCCCUGCCUGACCGAGGGGUCGUCGCUACAGCAACCACCGGAGGCGGCGUGCUACAGCCCCGACGCAUCAGUCCUGGUCUCGGGCGGGAGGAUGGCCUCGGUGACCUUCGUCCCAAGCCGACUGUGUUUACAAAUAAAGGAGUCCCAGAGUGGUACAAGAAGGCCAAGCGGCAGACUAAAUGACCAGCGACCCCCAGACCAGCAGCCCUCAUCAGACCAGCGACUCCCAGACCAGCGACCCUCAGACCAGCAGCCCUCAUCAGACCAGCGACCCUCACCAGACCAGCGGCCCUCAGACUAGUCACUCCCAGACCAGCAGCCCUCAUCAGACCAGCGACUCCAGACCAGCAGCCCCUCAGACCAGCGACCAGCGACCCUCAGACCAGCGGCCCCUCAGACCAGCGACCCCCAGACCAGCAGCCCUCAUCAGACCAGCGGCCCUCAGACCAGCGACUCCCAGACCAGCGACCCCCAG